AUGUCACUGCCAGUCAGCACAGGGAGCUCAAAGAAGAAGGCUAAAUCCAAUGUUGUGCAGCAGGUGGACCAGUUUUGGGGUGAGAUCGAGAGCUUACAGUCGGAUGCUAUGUUGUGUCAUGACAGUAAGCAUCAGAGGUUCCUCACAAAACUCGAGGUGUCUCAAGCGGCCCUCAACCAUCAGCGCCAACAGAAGAAUAAGGAACUGGAGAUCCGCCUCCAUAAAGUGGAUAUACGGGUGCAUGAAGCACAUUCGCAGGUACUCAACAAGAAGGCUGAGACCCUCUGCAAGGGUGGCAGAGCCUUGGCAUUGGAUGGAGCUGCAUGA